AUGCUCGCUUCAGGGUUGUAUCGUCGCUAUCUUGGGCCAGCUUACAAGUGUACGCGUAUCUUUUCGGCCUUGAAACAUACUCUUCCGGAUCUCCCUUAUGAUUUCGGGGCACUUGAACCUGUUAUUUCUGCUGAUAUCAUGAAAUGUCAUUAUCAAAAGCAUCACGCAGGUUACGUAAACAACUUAAACAUUGCUGAAGAAAAGUUGGCGGAAGCUCUGGAUAAAGGUGAUGUCACGAAGGUGAUAUCACUCCAGCCCGCUCUUAAAUUCAACGGCGGUGGUCACAUUAACCACAGUAUCUUCUGGUGCAAUCUCUGCCCUAAUGGAGGUGGUGAGCCCAGUGGACCUCUGGCUGAUGCUAUUAAACGCGACUUUGGUUCUUUUGAAGCGUUUAAGGAAAAGAUGACUAAUGCCGCCGUAUCUGUUCUGGGCUCUGGGUGGGGUUGGCUUGGGUUUGAGUCGGGCUCUGGUCGACUGCGAAUUGCUACUUGUGCCAAUCAGGAUCCUCUUGAAGGAACAACGGGUCUCAAACCUCUCCUGGGCAUAGAUGUUUGGGAGCAUGCUUACUACCUUCAGUACAAAAAUCAACGGCCUGAUUAUGUCAAGGCUAUUUGGAAAAUCAUUAACUGGAAGGAUGUGGCGGAACGCUUUGCCGAAGCUCAGUGA